AUGAUGCUGAUUAUGAUUGCCAGUAUUAUUGCUAGUUAUUGCUGUUGCAACCUAAGCACAGUAGAGAGCCUUCCUGGAGGAUCGAUUCCGCGUCAUUCCCACGCGCAGAAACAAGCAGUAGCAACACAAGCCACACACACAAGCAGUAGCAACACAAGACACACACAAACAUUAGCAACACAAGUCACAAACACAAGCAGUAACAACACGAGCAGUAGCAACACAAGUCAGACAAACAGUAGUAACAUAAGUCACACAACCACAAGCAGUAGCAAUACAAGCCACACAAGGAGCAGCAACACAAGCAGUAACAACACAAGUCACACAAUCAGUAGUAUCACAAGUCACACAAACGCAAACAGUAGCAACACAAGUCACACAAGCAGUAGCAUAUCACACGUCAGGUACCAUUCUCAGGGAACCUCUCCCCAGGCGCCCGUAUCAAAAGUGACCCGAAUGGGAACUGAUGUGUCAUGGCUUCCCUGA